GAGAGAGAGAGAGAGAGAGAGAGAGAGAGAGAGUGGGGAGGGGGUCUAGUUGAAAUGCGCAGCGCAUUCUUGCGUUGAGGAGCGGAGGCUCGUUCUGUUCCAUGUUUCCCGCGCGCCACGGAGGACAUCUGAUCCGGUUUGGGUUCUAAUAAAACAAAAUCUGUGCAGCAACAGCGAGCUGCUCCUGCAGCUCCUCAGUCUGCAAACCAAAAGCAGCUCCGUUUCUGCAGGAAGUUGUUUCGCCGCGGGAUCCUCCGCGCAGCGCGCGCCCUGCAGCCCGGUGGAUCUGCGUGGGUCUGUGUCCCGGCGCAGCGCGGGASUCUGAGGGAGCUGAGGGACACAAAAAAUGACCCUGAGGUGAAGCGGCGUCCUGCUGCGUCCYUCCGACAGGAAGCUGCUGAAAUUCAAAAUGUCUGCCGUUACCAUCAGCCUGCUGACCCUCCUCAUCCUCCUGCCUGCGGGCUCGAGGCAACAGGUUCCCUCCAACUGUGUGAUCAAGAGGGAGCAGGAGAAGUGCCAGGAGAUGAUCGACUCAGAGGAGCCCGGCUCUGAGUUUGACUGCUUUAGGUUUUGGGACAACCUGACGUGUUGGGAGCCAGCCAGGAUCGGAGAAGUGAUCGAGGUCAACUGUCCCGAACUCUUCUCUCAGUUCAUCAGUGAGGAAGACUACGAAGUGGGGAAGGUGAGCCGUAACUGCACCGAGUUCGGCUGGUCGGAGCCCUUUCCUCACUACGUGGACGCCUGCCUGGCCGAGGAGGGGAACCGGACCCACCCGGACAUGUACUACGUGUCGGUGAAGGCUCUGUACACGGUGGGCUACAGCACGUCUCUGGUGUCCCUCACCACAGCCAUGGUCAUCCUCUGCAGGUUCAGGAAGCUCCACUGCACCAGGAACUUCAUCCACAUGAACCUGUUCGUCUCGUUCAUCCUGAGAGCCAUUUCUGUCUUCAUCAAAGACGGCGUGCUGUACGCCGAGGAGGACAGCGACCACUGCUUCAUACACACAGUCAACUUCGUGCUCUUCAUCGGAAUCAUCGUCAUCCUGGUCCAGAAGCUGCAGUCCCCAGACAUCGGUGGGAACGAAUCCAGCAUUUACCUGAGGCUGGCCCGCUCCACGCUGCUGCUCAUCCCGCUCUUUGGGAUCCACUACACCGUGUUCGCCUUCUCUCCUGAGAACGUCAGCAAGAGGGAGCGUCUGGUGUUCGAGCUCGGCCUCGGCUCCUUCCAGGGUUUCGUGGUGGCCGUCCUCUACUGCUUCCUGAACGGAGAGGUGCAAUCGGAGAUCAAGAGGAAAUGGCGCAGCUGGACGGUGAACAGGUACUUUGCUGUGGACCUGAAGCACCGGCAUCCUUCGCUGGCGAGCAGCGGGGUGAACGGGGGGACGCAGCUGUCCAUCCUCAGCAAGAGCAGCUCCCAGAUCCGGAUGUCCAGCCUGCAGGCCGAGACCCCGGCCACCUGAGCCGCCCGGCCGGCCCCGACGCCUCGGACCCCGUCCCGCCCAUCCCGAUGACCUGCCUCAACAACUCCUUCCUCGACCCGUACCCCGAUGAGACCGUGAUGGAAACCCAGCUGAGCUCCAGUGACCCGAAGCAGCCUCUGGUCUGAACGUGGAUCUGGGAGCAGACUCCAGGGUGAAACAGGAAGUCUGUUUGUACAUAUUCGUGUUAAAACGUGGUCCGGCGCUCCAGAACUAAAGGAACCAGAGAGUCCAGUCUCAGUCGUGAUGUAAAUAAGUCCCGCCUCCUCUGAGGUCCAGUGUCCUGGUUGGGUAGUGUGAUGCUGUCAGAAACCUUCCUCUGGAAAGUGGAAAGAGAAACUUGCUCCUGCUGCAUUAUGGGAAACGUAGUUCCUGUCAUUUUCUGAAGUUCAGGGUGAAUCUGCUUCUCCUGCUUCAAUUAAUGAUCCGUUUAAAGGAAUUUUGCAGCAAGUUUCAGACUUUUUUCGGUGUUUAUGUUUGAGGAAGGAGUUAUUUUAGUAACGUUCAUCUUGUUUUUAAUUCUAAAGCUGUUCAGCACUUCGCUACACAAACUGUGAAAGAAUUAUUACUAAUAAUGUCUAAGCUGUGAAAGAGACAAAAACACGAGUGUUAAAUUCAACGUGACAGAGGAACCCGGAGGACGAGUAUUUGUUUAUGUUUUUAACGGUUCUGUAAAAAGACAAAGAAAGAACUAAACAGGGUCGGACGUCUUCAGAUACGACAAAGUUUAAGAUUCAACCAGCCGUUCGUACAGAAAAUGUCAACCAGUAUAAACUUAUCUAACUGCAUGAUGCUCCACUGCCUGUAAACCUUUUGUUCUUUGUGAGAAUUCAGUGUUUUAACUGGAUGUUGAGUUGAUUUCAGUUUAACCCUGAUCCUCUGGURUCUGUGGAUCAGAACCCUGCUGCUGCCCUGAGGUCAAAAACUGAACUUUGAGACCUCGUGGGGUCUUUCUGACCCCACGGCAGCAGCAGGGUUAAAUUUAUGGUGCUGUAUGAGGGCCAAAAUUAAGACUAUUGCUCAACCAGUGGUUGCUACAUCCUU